GUAGACAUUGCGUAUUCGUUGGGGGUGGCCGCCACGGCAGUGUCGGGGCAUUUCAACUUCGCGACACUCGACUCUUCCUCCUCGAGGCACACCCGUCGAUCGAUGGUGGUGCGACGACUGUCCCUGCCUGUGCCCAAAGGUUUUUUCGUGUGCCCGCCGCUCGACGCGACUGAAGCCCACGCGCUCGUCCAGCGUGCGCAGUCGGGGUUCGCCGACCUCGUCGACGUGUGCCAGCUUGACACGGCGGCGGUGCGGUGGCGUCUCGACUCGGAUCUUGAUGGGCUGCAUUUGUACUUUGGAAGCCACCGUGCCACGGCGACGAUCCUUGGCGUCACGACGAUCCAAGCGACGAUCGAAGAAGCGCCCGCGAUGCUGCGCUUCGACACGCAUGACCACUUUGCCGACUUUUGCUCGAUGUAUUACACAGACGUCGUCGACUGUGCGUCGCUGUAUACACUGUGCACGAGCCCUGCAGAGUACAUCGGGGUCAAAUGGGAAGCGCUGCAAAGCCCCGUCCAAGGGAUUAUGAAGCCGCGAGAUUGCACCGUCGUCGAGUGCUCCAAGGCGUUCACAUAUCGCAACGGCGUUCGCGGGUACGGUCGCAGCAUCGAAUCGGUCGACGUGGCAUGCGUCCCCGAUUUGAACGCGACAUUUGGGCUCGUUCGGAUGCACAUUGGCCGAGGUGGGUUGGUGCUCCGCGAAACCAAGCGGCCUGGCAUCGUGCAAGCAAUGUAUUUGCUCCAGGCAGACUUGAAGGGAGCAGUGCCGCAGUGGAUGAUCCGACUGGUGCUGCGGGGACGCGCCCGGGCGCUUGGCCACCUCGACGCGUACUUUCGCCACCGGCGCGUGAUCACUGUGCCGGCACUGUCGCCGUUCGAGAUGGUGCCUGCGACCAAGCGAAAUCGGUGUGCAGUGUGCCAAGAAAUAUUGCCCGACCGCGGUGCAGCGCGGUUCCGUUGCUCGGUGUGUGGCGAGAUGGCGUGCUCCACGUGCCAAAGCGUGUGGCACGUCGAGGAUCGCAAAGCGAGUGUGUGCAACCUGUGUGCGGUUGAGCCGAGUGCUGGGAUUGCCGCCCGGGUGCGGCGGGUGUCGGUGGACUCCAAGUCCGGCACGAGUUUGUCGACUACGGUGGUGGUGGAGGAAGAUCCUGGCUACGUUUGCUCGGACGAUCAGUAUGCUGUGCUCGACACGUUUGUCUUGGAGAGCGUGCGCAGCGGGUCGUCGAGUCGGCGCCAGUCCGUGCCUCUCCGACCAAAGACCAAGCCGACGCUCCGGCCGUCAUCGUCGUCGGCGCCGCACCCGCUUGUGCAUUUGUACACCCCGCCGUCCCCGCCGCCGUUGAAUCGCAGAGACAGACGGGGCACGACCGUCCUGCCGAGUGAUGUCAAGGUCGAUACCCUCCUCCAACAGCUCAAAGAUCUCGACUUCGACGAUGCCAUGCUUGCUCCAUACCAGGCCACACGGCAUGGUGAUGCGUAAACCCCGUGGGAAUCGUCGUCCACUCGAUGUGCACGACGUUAAGCUAGGAAAUCGUGUACAUGCAUGGGGCGAUCUGUAUUGGCGACACCAACUCGGGAGCGUCACGCGGGUCGAUGUG